GCUGUGGGCGAGCACCGGGUGGGCUUUAGGACCCGGCGGUGCAGCCUGGCCGAGGGCAGCCGUCAGCAGUGUGAUGGCUGGUUUACCUGCGAGCUGCUGAGCGACAACCUGGACCAGUAAACCUGACCUGCAGCCCUCUCCAGCUCCUCCACCGUGCACAUGUUGUACGGCUGCUAGGGUGCAUCGACGCAGGAAGCUCAGCCGCCGAUGGAGCACAUCCGACUACCGAAGGUGGAGAACGUCAGGCUGCUGGACAGAGUCUCCCCCAGGAGGAGCAGAGUGGGAACCCUGUACCUGACAGCAACACACAGCAUCUUUGUGGAGAACGAGGCCGGAGUGCGCAAUGAAACCUGGGUGCUUCACAGUUUGGUGAGCAGUGUGGAGAAACAGGCGGCCACGGCCUCAGGAUGUCCUCUGAUCAUCCACUGUAAGAACUUCCAGGUUCUUCACUUCGUCGUUCCUCGAGAGCGGGAAUGCCAGGACGUUCACCUGUCCCUGCAGCGUCUCUCCCAGCCAGAGAGUUACGAGGAGCUGUACUGCUUCUCCUACAAGCCGAACGUUGAUGAGGUGGAGAGACGACAGGAAUGGGACUUCUUGGACCUGAAGGCUGAUUACAGCCGAAUGGGACUCCCGAACUCUCUGUGGAAGCUGUCCCCCGUCAACCGACACCAUAAGGUGAGCGACACUUACCCUGCUGACCUGUUCGUACCUGAGUCUGCCACGCCGCCGAUCAUCAUGGGGAGCUCCAAGUUCCGAAGCAGAGGCCGAUUUCCUGCCCUGUCGUACUACUCCAAAGAAAAUAACGCUACCAUCUGCCGCAGCAGCCAGCCGCUGUCAGGUUUCAGCGCUCGCUGCCUGGAGGACGAACAGAUGCUGGAGGCCAUCUUGAGGUCCAAUCCCCGCAGCGACUUCAUGUAUGUGGUGGACACCAGGCCUAAGUUGAACGCGAUUGCAAACCGCGCCGCAGGAAAGGGCUACGAAAACGAAGACAACUACUCCAACAUCAAAUUCCAGUUCAUUGGCAUCGAGAACAUCCACGUUAUGAGGAACAGCCAGCAAAAAAUGCUGGAAGUGUGCGAGCUGCGUUCCCCCUCCAUGUCCGACUUCCUGGAGGGUCUGGAGAGCUCAGGCUGGCUGAAGCACAUCAAAGCUGUUUUGGAUGCAGGCAUCUUCAUCGCUAAGGCUGUUGCAGAGGAAGGCAUCAGCGUCCUGGUUCACUGUUCGGACGGUUGGGACCGAACUGCUCAGGUGUGUUCGGUGGCCAGUGUGCUGCUGGAUCCCUACUACAGGACCCUCCGAGGAAUCAUGGUUCUCAUCGAGAAAGACUGGAUCUCAUUUGGACACAAGUUCUCUCACAGAUGCAACCACUUGGUCGGAGACCCUAAAGAGGUUUCUCCCGUCAUCGACCAGUUCCUGGAGUGUGUGUGGCAGCUGAUGGAGCAGUUUCCUUGUGCCUUUGAGUUCAGCGAGAGGCUCCUCAUCACCAUUCACAGCCACAUCUACUCCUGCCAGUACGGCGACUUCAUUGGCAACAACCAGCGGGAGAGGAUAGAGCUGGGGGUGCGUGAGAGGACUCACUCUUUGUGGAGUUAUCUGUGGACGAACCGUGCUGAAUACAUCAACCCUCUGUACAGACCAGACCACAGCCAGACUCAAGGCCUCCUCCGACCAUCUACUGCCCCCUACAGCUUCAAAUUUUGGAGAGGGCUGUACAACCGCUUCGACCGCGGGAUGCAUCCUCGGCAGUCUGUGGAGGAUUACCUGAGAGCCAUCCAAGAGGAGACGCAGCAGCUGGAGGAGCAGCUGGCUUCUCACAAACAGAAAAUUACUCAGCUGGAGCAGGAGCAGGGCUGGACCGUCACCUGGAAAGCAGCCACCUAUGACAAGAGCCCGACAGUGAGGACUCUGGGUGGUGACCUGGGCCUGGCCAACACUCCUCAGGACUACACCGACGGCUUCAUCACCAGCAGCCCCUGCCAGCCGAAAGCACCGGACGGCAGCUUGAUCCUCCAGCAGCAGGACUCCAGCCAGACGUCCGACCCCGGCUUGUCCAACGGCAGCGACCAGGAGUCUGGGAUUGCGGACCUGAGCUGCCGUUCACCGCUUAGCGAGGACAGCGCCAGGGACCCGGACUCGGACGAGGCGGCCUACUCUGCUGCAUGAGCGAGCGUAGCAUCCGGUGGGAGGUGCAGCACUGAGCGACACUGAACAAACACUACCUUUACACUAAUCGGGUAACCUGACUGUCGGAUCAUUUCUGUGAAAGUCUUAUUUGGGUUACACUCCUGCACUUUUCUUUGCAUGUGGUGUGGUGGACUCUCUAUUUGUUGCCACCUGCAUACUGAUUAAUAGUCGUUUACUGUAGCUGAAUACGUUUUACGUCUCACAUUGGUGGAAAAGAAUUAAGAUACGAAACAAACUUUUAAACCAAAAUUCUUUUGAGACCCAACUGAAGCUAGUUUACGAGAAUUAAGAGCAAGUGAAGAACAAAUUCUGAACAAUUUAGAUUUAGACAGAAUGUGUGAAUGCAAUUAAUGACAAGCCAUUUAGGUGUGUGUGUGCUUUGAAUUAUGGGUCUUCCAUGCAGUUUAUUUAUUUAUUAGACGUCUGGCUUUACAGUGAGAACUCGUUAGAGAAAAAGUAGUCAAAGUGUAGCUAUAAAAACCACUACGGCAGGUUUACUCCCAACUUGCAGCAUUUGUUAGCUGUAAAAAAACAUCUGACUUGUAGCACUUCAAAGCGACAUGAGCGAUCCAAAGACAGUAAAUCCUGCUUGCAGGUGCACUAAUCCUGAAAACUUCAAAAUUAUUUAUUAAAAAAGGUGACUAGGAAUCAAGCCCAUCUACAAAUGCAUAACAUAAAACAACCAAUAUAUUAAAUGCAGGAGAAGAAAUCUCAAGUUGAAGCUCAUCAUUAGAAAGCAGUUUACAUGUGGUGCUAGUUGGCAUUCAUUUCCAAAGCUGUCACACAAUAUGAUCACUCUGGAUUCAGGAUUUCAGCCUAAAAAGAGCAGCAGUGAUUCUGUUCUAGCCAAAAUUCAUCUCAAAUGCCAAUGUGAUGUUGUUUGAACCCCAAAAAACACAUUUCUGACUGAACUAGACUCACUCGGCACACAACAGUGACCUCAGCUGGGGUUUGGAGUCAUUACACUACAAUAACUAGUGAUUAGUGGUCACUGGUUGACACCUUGUGGUGCACAUGUGGAUAUUUCAACUUAUUAUAUUUCAACAAGAUAUCAUGGAAAAGAAGUGAGAAACAAGCGUGGAAUUUUAACUGAUUUCACGCAUUAUUUCAACACUAGAAACCAAAAUCUUACCAAAGGGAACAGACAGUCAGCCGGUAUAAGCAGCCCUCGUGAUCGGACGACUGAACCAGCAGACAGGAGCAUGUGAACACAAAUAAACUGAUGCAUAAAGGCAGCAGACUACCAGCCGACCGUCCUCCACAGGUAGCAUUAAAGCGGCUCACUUUAAUAGUGCAGAACACAUCACUGGAGGUGCACUCCUGCAAACGAACAAUGCAAAGAUUAUCGAGCAAAGCGCGUUAGGAUAUUUUUGUACUAUGACCUAUUUUAUCUUUAUUUUUUUUUCCUGUAAUCUCGCUUUAAAUGCUUGUUUUUAUCUGUGUCAAAGGGUUUAAAAAAAUAUCAGAGUUGUACUGAAUUUUGUUCUUUAUAAUGCCGGGAUUCUCUUUUUUUGUUUGUUUGUUUCAGCUGGAAUAAGAGCCAAAAUUGUUGAAAUUAUCGAAAUGCAAAGUUAUGUAAACUGUGUUUUCUUGUGGAAUAAAUAAAUAUAUUAUUGACUGUCA